AUGAAGCUCACCUGGGACAUCAACGACCCCAAACUGCCGCAGGAGCCCAAGCACUUCGACACCUUCCAGGAAUGGCCUGACGGCUACGUGCGGCUCAUCUACUCCAGCGAGGAGAAGAAUGCGCAGAGACAUCUCAGUGGUUGGGCCAUGCGCAACACCAACAACCACAACUGCCAGAUCCUGAAGAAGUCUUGCCUGGGGGUGGUAGUCUGCGCCAGGAGCUGCACUCUGCCCAGUGGGGCUCGGUUGCAGCUUCGCCCCGCCAUAUGCGACAAGGCUCGGCAGAAGCAACAAAAGAAAGCCUGCCCAAACUGUAACUCAGCCCUUGAGCUGAUUCCUUGCCGAGGGCACAGUGGCUAUCCAGUCACUAACUUCUGGAGGCUUGAUGGCAAAGCAAUAUUUUUCCAGGCUAAAGGAGUCCAUGACCACCCCAGGCCAGAGAGUAAAUUGGAGGCAGAGGCAAGACGAAGUGCAGUUAAGAAGCAAAUGUCCUCUUCUCAUCAUAUCCAGAAGAAAAGAUCUCUAAAUUCAGAGGCAGAAAGGUACCAGGACAGCACCGGUUACACCAAUAACCUGCAGAAUCUGCCCUUCAUGGAUGGCCCUGAGAGGGCUGGUAUCAUCACAGAUACCAAUUUUUCAACUCCAGAUCAGUCUUACCCUUCACUGCAAAAUGCUGACCUCUACAGAGCAACUUAUGACUCAUCCAGCUUCCAAGAAGACCAGCUAUCAUCAUACCCAAAAUGCUCCAAUCCAAGGAUCUACAUGUCUAGACCAUGCAGCUAUGAAUUUGGUGUUCCUGCCUUUAUAAGUACCAGCCCUUACUCAACAUUUUACAAAGAUCUGACAAGUCCAGCCAUUGAUGGAGACCCCCUCAGUUUGAAUGGGUCUCAUUACAACACUGUGACCAGCCACGACAAGAGCUUAGAUAACCCUGGUAGACAUUAUGGACUGAAAUCAGCUUGGGGCAAAACUGGCACUGGAGACUGGAGUGACUAUGGACAGAUGCAAACAAGCACUAACCACCCUUACUACAGUGGGGACUAUCCCUGCAGAUAUGGUCCCAGCCCCUCUCCCAUAGGCACACCAUUGCAAACAGUCAUCACAACUACCACUAAAGUGUCCUACCAGGCCUACAAGCCAUCUGCGCUGAAAUACAGUGACAACCUUUGUGAUGUGAAAAAUCUUCAGAGCUAUACUCACAUGGCAGAAAACAUCUCAGGUGCUGUUUACUCAGGAAUGAAGAUUCAGGAAGACUUUGGGAUGAUAAAGUCAGCGUUGCUCUACCAGCACGACGUGGUGCCCACAAAGUCCAAACCAUCCGAGAACGUGGAAAACUAUCGGUAUGGGCCACCCCUGGGGAACAGCUAUGCUGAGCAUGAAGGCCAGACCUUAAGGUUUGAGAGUGCUGCAUAUUGA